AUGAGGAGGGAGAACCAGAGCAGCAUUUCUGAAUUCCUCCUCCUGGGGCUCCCCAUCCGGCCAGAGCAGCAGGGUAUAUUCUUCGCCCUGUUCCUGGGUGUGUACCUGACUACAGUGUUGGGCAACCUGCUCAUCGUCCUGCUCAUCAGGCUGGACCCUCACCUCCACACCCCCAUGUACUUCUUCCUCAGCCACUUGGCCCUCACUGACAUCUCCUUCUCAUCUGUCACCGUCCCUAAGAUGCUCAUGAACAUGCAGACUCAGCAUCAAUCCAUCUCCUAUGUAGGGUGUGUAACACAGACAUAUUUCUUCCUCUUUUUUACUGAUCUGGAUGAUUUCCUGCUCACCUCAAUGGCCUAUGAUAGGUACGUGGCCAUCUGCCACCCUCUCCACUACUCCACCACCUUGGGACAGGGGCUGUGCAUCUUACUAGUAACUGUGUCCUGGAUUCUCUCCUGUGCCAGCGCCCUAUGUCACACCCUCCUCCUGACCCAGGUGUCCUUUUGUGCUGACCACACUAUCCCCCAUUUCUUCUGUGACCUUGAUGCCCUGCUGAAGCUCUCCUGCUCAGACACAUCCCUCAAUGAGCUGGCCAUUUUCACAGUAGGAGUGGCCGUCAUUGUCCUCCCACUAGUGUGCAUCCUGAUCUCAUAUGGCCGCACUGGGGCCACCAUCCUGAAGGUCCCUUCCACCAAGGGGAUCUGCAAAGCAUUGUCCACAUGUGGCUCCCACCUCUCUGUGGUUCUCCUAUUUUAUGGAACAAUUAUUGGACUUUAUACUUUACCCUCAUCCAGCACCUCUAAUGACAAGAACAUAAUAGCUUCAGUGAUGUACACAGUGGUCACACCCAUGCUGAACCCUUUCAUCUACAGUCUGAGGAACAGAGAUAUGAAGAGGGCUCUCAGGAGACUUUCCAGGAGGGAGAUCUUCCUCUCUAAGUAG